AGCAUUCCAAGCAUAAAAAUCAGCAUAUCAAAGAAGGCUGUAAACAUCUCCAGUAUAAAGAGCUGUAAUUCUGGAGUUUGUUUCAUUUUUACCAGAGCAGAUCAUGGGCUUCGAACUAAGCACAGAUCCGUCAAGAUGUGAUAUUGGAGUUGGUGGCGGAACGAAGAAGUACAAGCUCGUCAACCACUGUGAUCGCAUGCUUGCUUAUCAUAUAGUGAUCAACCCUGGUUCCAAUUACUCAGUCCCUGAAAACCAACUCUAUGGCCUUAUACAGAUUGGCUAUACCGUCGACAUAGAUAUUACAAGGAAGCCUGGCAAACCUCGACCAGACAAGAUGAUAAUACAGUACGCAUCUGUUGGACAAGAUUGUCGUGAUCCAAAAAAGCCAUUUGCAAGCGGUGGCCCCGUUGGUGAAAUCACUGGCGAGACUAUGGUGAAGCUGAUUGCUGCCGAAUAGAUUUUCUUGACCACUAUACUAGCUGCUUAAAUACUUCCUCAUCGUCUGUCCAUACUAUUUACACAAUAAAGCGGCUACGUA